AAUUACCUAAUGGAGAACAGAUAGCUGUCAAAAGACUGAAGCUAAAUUCUGUCCAAGGUCUAGUUGAGUUCAAGAAUGAAAUUAGGCUGAUAGCUAAGCUUCAGCAUAUAAAUCUAGUGAGGCUUCUUGGGUGUUGUAUUGAAGGCAAUGAAAGGAUGCUUGUAUAUGAGUACAUGCCCGAGAGAAGCUUGGACUCAUUUAUUAUUGGAUCGAGCGGAAAAUUCAGUUGGCAUGUUCGUGCCCGAAUAAUAGAAGGGAUAGCUCAAGGACUUCUCUACAUUCAUGAACAAUCACAUUUAUGUGUUGUCCAUAGAGACUUGAAACCGAGUAACAUUCUUCUGGACAGUGAAAUGAACCCAAAGAUAUCUGAUUUUGGCAUUGCAAGAGUAUGCCCUUCCAACAUAGUAGAAUCCAAUACCACGACUGUGGUUGGCACAAUUGGUUACAUGGCACCAGAAUAUUUCUCCCAAAAAAUUUAUUCCACAAAAUCAGACAUUUUUAGCUUUGGAAUAUUGCUGUUGGAGAUCAUAAGCGGAAAGGUAGCUUUUGGGUCCUACAAAAUAAAUGGAAGAUCAUAUGAUCUCAGGAGAUAUGCUUGGCUACUAUGGAGAGAUGAAAAAUGCAAAGAGCUCAUCGAUCCAUCAUUGAGUGAGGAGUACCAAAAGGUGGAGAUGAUUAGGUGCACACAAAUUGCACUUUUGUGUGUUCAAGAAAGUGCAGAUGACCGACCAACAAUGCGUGAAAUUAACAUGAUGUUAAAUAAUGGUAACAUAAUAUUACCUAUGCCCAGCCAACCAGGAUAUUUCGACAUAAAUCCGAGUAUCAUCGAGUCAUCAUCACCAACAGACAUGGUGAGUAGUAAUUAAUGUGUCACGGGCUGAAAAUAGCUAUAGUUUUGUAAAUAUAAUUUUGAGUGUGUUCCGAUGAUGUAGGAUUUGGACAUUCUAUACAUUCAAAUUGCAAAGGGUGAAUAUAUACUUCACCAUAGGGUGAAUCUUCUUUGCA